UUCCGGAAGCCUCUGGAGCGCCUCCUGCUAGAAUAUAAAGCUGGGACAGCCCCACUGACUGACAGAAAGAUACACAAGAAACACAGGAGUGAAGAGACGCCUGAACAACAAGAAGACUCAAGACUAAACAGAAGAAAGAUGCUGUGCUCUCAUGGAUUCCCAUCUGCCCUCAGUCCAUUCAUGGACUUCUCCURGCCUGUUCGCAGUCUGUGGCCAGAGGUCAGACCUCUSUUCUACCAGCAGAAUGUCAUGCAGAGAGACCUACAGGAGCUGCGCAGCAGUCUGCAGCUGAUGGACAAACUUCAACRCCAGAUCCUGGAGGACACAGAGCCUUUCAGGAAGAGCCUGGCUCUGCAGCAAGUCUCCUACCAGCUGGACAAAGAGGGAGAGCACUUUGGCCUAACGCUGGACACAUCAAUGAUGUUGAUGUGCCAAUGAGAUGAUUUUAUAUUUCUUUGGUGAUGGUCGUGUGUGUAUUAAUGUUCAGGUUGUAGGUUAUUGUGUUUGUACAAAGAAACAUUUGUAAAAUUAAAAAUUAUUAAACAGUU